AUGAGUCAUGUCGGCGGUGGCGCCGGCGGGAUGCCGCCGCGGCAGCCGCAGAUGCGGUACGUGGCAGGCCUCGCCGCGGCGGCCGAUCCCGAGUUUGUCGCGCUGCGCGCCUUUAUCCGACGGGAGAUAUUCAAGUGUAUAGAAACGAGACCAGUGCCAGCUCACCGGCGGCGGCUGCUGCCAGUGAUUGCAAAGCAGAUGGAGUAUACCUUGUAUAGAAAAUACCCAAACAAGAUGGACUACGGCAAAAUGGCGAAAGGGCCAAUUAAGCCACUCAUUAUGUUUGUUGUGAGGACCUUGCAUGCCGAGAGCCAGCAACAUCGACAAAACCAACAAUGGUCAAGACAGAUAGCUUCUUCCACCCGUUAUGGGAUAAUGAUUCCGACACCUGGUAUCACACAAGGCGCAAGCGAAACUUCUACAACGUCUUAUCUAACAUACAACAUGGAUCCUUCAUCUGGUGCCGGCUUGGUUCCAGGGAGUGCCAAUAGUGGUACCUCGCUGCGAGGGGGAGCUCCUGAUGAGCAUGUGAACACAAUGUUGUCUCAGGGGAUACUCCCUACACAACAUGGUUGGUCUAGAGCGUCCAACAAUAACCUUGUAAUAAACACAGUAGACACACCUGAAACCAACAAACACUUGUUGACUCAGGCAUGCCCCGCACCUUCGAAGGAUCUCCCAAAGGAACCAAAGUUCAGCUGCCCAGUCUGCAUGAACGAGUUGGUCGAUGCGUCGUCGACUAUCUGCGGCCACAUCUUCUGUCAGAAGUGCAUCGAGGCCUCCAUCCAGGCUCAGAGCAAGUGCCCUACCUGCCGUAGGAUGCUGACCGUGAACAGUUUUCACCGUAUCUACCUCCCGACCAUGGACUGA